AUUAUUAGAUGAAAAAAAAAAAAAAAAAGGAAAGGAAAGAAGGAUCUUUUUGCUUUUGCAUCUCCUUUGGCUCUCCUCCGUGGCUCCUUCUUUUUCUCGGUCUGCCUCCGAUCAUCAUCCUUCAAAAUCGCGCGCGCGCGGAUCCAGUUUAAUCUCACUCUCGUUCGUUGCUAGGGUUUUUUUUACCCAUAGAAAUUCAUGCUUUUUGAUUAGAAAGAAGAAUUGGUCAGCUGCUGAAUUCUUCGAUAAUUGUUUACUGUGUGGAUGGAUGGAUGGAUGGAUGAGAGGGAGGAGUUAGUUAGCUUGUUGUAUUGGUGAUUUCAUCAAAAUAGAAUGGAGGAGAUGAAAGUAUUAUUAAAAGAGUAUUACGAUGAACAUCUGGUCGGGCUCGUCCUUUCAUCUUACUCGGCUCCUGCGUGGGCAAGCUUUAUGGCCGGUGCCUUUUUGCUUCUCACUCUCUCCCUUUCCCUUUUUUUAGUCUUCGAUCACCUUUCUACUUACAAGAACCCUGAGGAGCAAAAGUUUUUGAUUGGAGUCAUCCUCAUGGUCCCUUGCUAUUCUAUAGAAUCGUUUGCUUCACUUGUCAAACCAUCCAUCAGUGUUGAUUGUGGGAUUCUUCGAGACUGCUAUGAAUCCUUUGCCAUGUACUGUUUUGGUAGAUACCUUGUUGCCUGCAUAGGUGGAGAAGAAAGGACUAUUGAGUUUAUGGAAAGACAAGGACGUAAGAGCUUUAAGACGCCACUGUUAGACCACAAUGAUGAAAAAGGAACUGUCAAACAUCCUUUUCCUAUGAAUUUAUUCCUUAAACCCUGGAGGCUCAGUCACUGGUUCUAUCAAGUUGUUAAGUUUGGUAUUGUUCAAUAUAUGAUAAUUAAGUCUCUAACUGCCCUCACUGCUCUGAUUCUUGAAGCCUUCGGUGUGUAUUGUGAAGGAGAGUUUAAAUGGUCAUGUGGGUACCCUUAUUUGGCAGUGGUUCUAAAUUUUAGUCAGUCAUGGGCAUUAUACUGUCUGGUUCAGUUCUAUGGUGCUACGAAAGAUGAGCUUGCGCACAUUAAGCCCCUGGCCAAAUUUCUAACAUUCAAGUCCAUUGUGUUUCUCACUUGGUGGCAAGGUGUUGCCAUUGCUCUUCUCUCUUCCCUCGGUUUGUUCAAAAGUUCUAUUGCACAAAGCUUGCAGUUGAAGACUAGUGUCCAAGAUUUCAUCAUUUGCAUAGAGAUGGGUAUUGCUUCCGUUGUUCACCUGUAUGUAUUCCCAGCAAAACCUUACGGUCUGAUGGGAGACCGCUUUACAGGAUCCGUUUCAGUUCUUGGUGACUAUGCAUCUGUUGACUGUCCUAUUGAUCCAGAUGAGAUUAGGGACAGUGAGAGACCAACAAAGGUCCGCCUACCACAUCCUGACGUUGAUAUCAGAAGUGGUAUGACCCUCAAAGAAAGCAUGAGAGACGUUUUCGUUGGUGGUGGUGAAUAUAUUGUUAAAGACGUGAGAUUCACAGUGACUCAAGCAGUGGAGCCUAUGGAGAAGAGCAUCACAAAGUUUAAUGAGAAACUGCACAAGAUCUCUCAGACCAUAAAGAAACAUGACAAGGAGAAGAGAAGAGUGAAGGACGAUAGUUGCAUGUCAUCAUCCUCCAGUCGGAGAGUGAUUCGCGGUAUAGACGAUCCGCUUCUAAAUGGGAGUUAUAGCGAUAGUGGAGUUACAAGAAGCAAAAAGCACAGGCGUAAAUCAGGAUACACGAGCGCAGAGAGCGGGGGAGAGAGCAGUAGUGAGCAAGCUUAUGGUGGAUUUGAGGUAAGGGGCCGCAGAUGGAUCACCAAAGAUUAACAAAGUAAGUAUAUCCUUUGGACUGGACAAGGUUGUCCCACAUUUUUGUCCUCAAAGCGGAGGUGUUUGUGAGAAGAGGAUGAUCACGCUACCUAGAAGCCAUUAAAGAAUGAAUAUCUGUGUACAGAUUUGAAGAUACGAACAUAAAUUGAGCAUGAUUUCUUUAUUUAUUACAGAAAGAGUAAAUAAAUGUUCAUGUUCGCUGUGU